UCCCGACUUCGCAUGUGGUUAUUGGCAUGCAGCGAGGGUAAUCAAACACCCCCGACAAAUGAGGGAAGAAUAAUUGGUACAAUUUUCUUGUUCACGCAAAUUUCGUGAGGAAUAUUUGGAAUUAAAUAAGAAGGCUUGAAAACGCGAUUUAUAUAUCGAACUGUUUACGUAAAUCAAUACAUGUAUACAGCGAGUUACAUGCGAAGAAGCCAGAGGAGGGGAAAACGACUGCGCGCUCGGCGACGACACACAACUGAAACGAUCAUUGUGUAUGUAAAAAUUCCGUAGCAACUGCCUCUCGUGCUCCUGUAACAAAACAGCUAAGUGCCACUUACAGCCAUGGCCAGCCAGGUGAAACAAUAGACGGCUUGUAUGUCUAGUCAUGUGAUCAACACGAUACAUCAGCCUCUGCAGCUGGGUUACUGUUGGUGACAAAGUGAAUUUACUAGUGUAUGUAUGGAUCUCGUACUUAAAUCGCUUGUGUUCUUGUACUUUACAACAGGGCCGUAAUGGGCUGACGGAUAAUGAACAUAUGAACAAUUCAUUUAAAUGGUGAUAAGCCCUGUGUCAUUUUUUAAAGCGUCGAAUGUUUAGUUUAUGUAAAUUGAUUUCUGAAUCGAAAAGCCGAGUACUGUGAAAUUAUGGCGUGAUUUUUAUGUAAUUCUGUGUGUUUUUUGUUUCUAAAAUCCGUGAUGUGAUUUUUAUUGCUAAAUAGUGACGAAGACAAAAUGACGAACAGUACUACAGGUGACCCGUGUCUAGAGACACGAUAUUGGUAUUCAUUCCUAGCGUCUAGUCUCAUCGUUUUCUUUGCCGGUAUAGCCUUCAUCUUAUUUUAUCGCCUUAUCCUCUGGUUAUGUUGUCGACGGGCUUCGAACCCGCCAUCUCCACCCCAUGGGGCCUCCCCCAAAGUGGCCAAUCAUUCUGGUACUGUCAAUCCGCCAUCAAAAGGGAAAGGAUCCGCGAACAAUAUUAACGCUACAUCAAAUACUGGUACCACGCUACAGAAGAGUCCAGAUUCUGAAAUAGGAUAUAUAACGGAGGCUAAAGACUGGGCGGGGGAACUCAUCUCGGGACAAACCACUACAGGGAGGAUAUUGGUCGGUUUGGUUUUCCUGCUUAGCAUUGCCUCCCUCAUCAUUUACUUCAUAGAUGCCUCAGAAGAGAAAGUUGAGUCCUGUACUCCUUGGGCGGAGAGUCCCCGUCAGCAAGUGGACUUGGCCUUCAAUGUUUUCUUUCUCAUCUACUUCUUUAUCAGGUUUGUGGCGGCCAAUGACAAGCUUUUGUUCUGGCUGGAGAUCUUCUCCUUUGUGGAUUAUUUUACUAUCCCACCAUCCUUUGUGGCCAUCUAUCUGGACAGAAAUUGGCUUGGUCUGAGAUUCUUGAGAGCACUAAGACUGAUGUCCAUUCCCGACAUCUUGACCUACUUAAAUGUCCUGAAGACCAGCACCAUGAUAAAGCUGUCCCAGCUUGUGGCAUUCUUUAUCAGCCUGUGGUUAGCUUCAGCUGGAUUUUUACAUCUAAUAGAAAAUGCGGGAGAUCCAUGGAAUAACUUUGAAAAUCCCCAACUUCUGACCUACUGGGAGUGUAUGUACUUCCUCUUGGUUACCAUGUCAACUGUUGGUUAUGGUGACGUAGGGGCAAACACUGUCCUUGGAAAAAUCUUCAUUGUGCUCUUUAUAAUGAUCAGCAUUGGUAUGUUUGCAUCUUGGGUACCAGAAAUUGCAGACAUACUGGGACGCAGACAAAAAUAUGGCGGCUGUUAUAAAAAAGAGAGGGGUAAAAAACAUAUUGUAGUAUGUGGUCAUAUCACCUUUGAUUCUGUGUCCAAUUUCCUGAAAGACUUUCUCCACAAAGACAGAGAGGAUGUGGAUGUAGAAAUAGUUUUUGUUCACAAAAUUCUACCAGACCUAGAAUUAGAGGGGCUACUGAAGAGACAUUUCACACAAGUGGAAUUCUUCCAUGGGACUGUCAUGGAUGCUAAUGAUUUAGCCCGGGUGAAGAUAGAAUCAGCCGAUGCCUGUCUUGUUCUGGCUAAUAAGUAUUGUGAAGACCCCGACCAAGAGGAUGCAGCCAAUAUAAUGAGAGUCAUCUCCAUCAAAAACUUCCAUGCCGAGAUUAAAGUCAUUGUACAGCUGAUGCAAUACCAUAAUAAGGCCUACUUGCUGAACAUUCCAAGCUGGGACUGGAAGAGAGGAGAUGAUGCAGUGUGUGUAGCCGAGCUUAAGCUGGGAUUUAUAGCUCAGAGCUGCCUAGCUCCUGGCUAUUCCACCCUAAUGGCCAACCUCUUCACCAUGCGAUCAGACAAGCCUAAAGGUUACUUGAGAUCUCUGCAUCUAUUGGCUACAGACAUGCCCCAGUGGCAGUGUGAUUAUAUGAGAGGCACAGCCAUGGAGAUGUACACAGAAUAUCUGUCCAGUUCCUUUAACACCAUGACAUUCCCAGAGGCAGCUGAGCUUUGUUUCUCUAAGCUGAAGCUGUUGUUAUUAGCAAUAGAAGUCAGACAGGAGGAUGGAAGGGAGAGCACUCUAGCCAUCAAUCCGGGAAGUAAGAUAAAAAUAGAAAAUGCUACCCAGGGAUUUUUCAUAGCAGAGUCAGCUGAGGAGGUCAAACGGGCAUUUUAUUACUGUAAGUCGUGCCAUGCGGAGGUGACAGACGUAAGAGCCAUCAAGAAAUGUCGGUGCAGACCUCUGGCCCAGUUUAAGAAAGGAGUGACGGCUGUAAUAGGAUUUGGGAACAAAUUAGCUACUGGCAGGUUUAUGAAGUACAAACUUAAUCAAUCCUGGAGACAUAAAGUCGGUACAUUCCGCUAUUCUGCGAAUCCUUUACUGAGCAAGAAGGACAGACCGGCCUCGAGCUCUAAGGACAAGACAGGUGGAAAUGUCUCCAAUCCGCUGACCACAGGAGAAAAGAGGAUAUCAUUUUCUUUAGGCAAAACUGAGAAACUGUCCAAGCAUAUGUCUAUAAGGGGUCCUCGACUUGCCAUGCCAACCACCCCCAAUACUGCUAUCCUCCCUACCCUCACACAAGAUCCUGUGCCCCAAGACACCAGCGUGGCCCCUGGAGAUGAACCCAGGAAGUUUGACUCCACAGGAAUGUUUCAUUGGUGCCCAGCAAGGCCUCUCAUUGAGGCCAGAAUGGAUAGAGAUAAAGCCUCGGCUACUGUUCUAUGUAACCACGUGGUCGUGUGUCUCUUUGCUGAUGCUAACUCUCCACUGAUUGGUCUGAGGAACUUAGUCAUGCCACUGAGAGCCAGUAAUUUCCACUAUCAGGAACUAAAACACGUGGUGAUUGUGGGAAAUCUAGAGUACUUAGAGAGGGAAUGGAGAACUCUACAGAACUUCCCCAAAAUUACCAUUCUAGCCGGUUCUCCACUGAACCGAGCUAAUUUACGAGCUGUGAAUGUGAAUCUCUGUGAUAUGUGUGUGAUAUUAUCUGCCAAAGAUAAGAACUUGGAUGACCCCCAUCUUGUGGACAAAGAAGCCAUUUUAUGUUCCCUCAACAUCAAGGCCAUGACCUUUGAUGACAGUAUGGGCCUUAUACAGGCCUCCGCUCAACAAGCACCAGGGUUCCUACCCCCAGGUUUCUCCCCAAUAGGAAGAUCAAAGAGGACCAGGAGGGGGUCUGUGUGUGGCUCCAAUGUCCCCCUCAUCACAGAACUAGCGAAUGACUCUAAUGUGCAGUUCUUGGACCAGGAUGAUGAAGAUGACCCUGAUACAGAGCUAUACAUGACGCAACCAUUCGCUUGUGGUACAGCGUUUGCUGUCAGUGUGCUGGACUCGCUCAUGAGCACAAGUUAUUUCAAUGACAAUGCCCUGACUUUGAUACGGACCCUAAUCACAGGAGGUGCCACCCCUGAGCUGGAGCAGAUCUUGGCUGAGGGGGCAGGAAUGAGGGGUGGAUACUGUACCCCUAGUGUACUAGCAAACAGGGACAGGUGCCGUGUAGCUCAAGUCUCUCUGUUUGAGGGCCCUCUGGCACAGUUUGGGGAGGAUGGAAAUUAUGGUCAGUUGUUCCUCUACGCCUUGAGAAACCUGGGAAUUUUGUGUAUUGGACUGUAUCGCUUCAGAGACACCAACGAAUCAUCAUCUAGUCCUUCAUCAAAGCGUUAUGUGAUAACCAACCCCCCAGAAGACUUCAAGCUUCUCCCAACAGAUCAGGUCUUUUGUCUGGCUCCAUGCAAUCUGUCACAAAGUUCAAAUUCUUCCCAAAAAGACAGAACUCUUUUGCCUUCAGCCCUUCAAAACAACAUCGAGCGAUCAGCCUUCAAGACAAGAGAGAGUGGAGGAUGCUAUUCUGAAGCUAAAACGUGACAUCAAGCACAACGUCCUUAACACCUAAGGGAGAGAACUCACAACGACUGGGAACAUAAUAAACUGCUAGUCAGUUUGCUGGUGUGUUCUCACUACUGUGGUUACAUUGCAUUAACUGUAUGUGCUGUACAUUGUGUGUAGAUUCUUUCCUCACCAUGCUCACAAUUGUUAGACAAUGAUAUAAAGAUACACAGAAAAUGUUUGUUGUGUUAAGGGUUUGACCCUGAGUAACAUUGUAAAUGCUGGGUGUUUUUUUUAUUAGAUAAGUUUUUGCCAGUAUAUGUACAAUGAUAAAUGAGAAGAAUUUGAACAGACAAGGAAUCUGUUUUGAUGUGAAUUUCUACACAUUUUUUUUAAAAAACCUCGAUCAGUAUUUUAUCCUAACCGAUUUUGUAGAAGUGUUUUCAGAUUGUGUCUAUUUGACUUUGAUAUGUCUGUAAAUAAAUUUUCAUGCUUAGAUUUUUUUUUUCAGAAUGGCAAUAAUGUGUGCACAGAUGUCUUUUUGUGUAGAGAAAUUUAUGUUUCUCUGUCAAAAAUAUCUUUUUGUUAUCAAAAUUCAAUGCAGAAACUAUGUAUUUGGACUGUUUAAUCAAAACCUAAGUAUGUUCUUGAAGCAAAAGAUUUUACCUACUUUUCAGUGAAUGAAGUUCUAUGUUGUAAAGAUCUGCCAGAAGUACCCUUUUUAUUGUACUUUUCCAAACAUGAGUUUAUAAACUUCUUUCAUUUUUUGACAACACUCAGUAUUCUCAACAAUAAAAGGAUUGACAUAGAAACAUGUCUCCGUACCUGUAUGUUGCUUUUGUGAUCUGACCCUUCACUUUCGCUUUCCUGGUCUAGCUGCAUAGAUGCAUCCCAUUAAAUCUUGUUUUAUAACUGAUAUGUUCCUUGUAAGACUUCUUUUGAAUUAUCUUUGCAGAUUCAACUUUCUAUUAACCAUCAGAAUUAGAGAAUUUAUUGAUUAUUUAGCUUUUAUUAUUUGUUUAUGAAAUGAUUGUGAUCUGGGCCGAAAUAAAAAAGUUUGUUUUGAUCCUCUUUGUGAUAGAACUGGGGGGAAAAAUUAUCCAAAAAACAUUUUACAAGUGAUUCAUGGUGUAACAAUUAAAAAAAACAAAACAAACCAUAUACUGUUAUAUUUUAAAUUAACUUUAAGAUUUAUAUACCUCUGUACUUGGAGGGUGGUGCGGAGAAGAAAGGAACAAAGUUUUACUGUGGGGCAUAAAAUUAUUUUUCGUGAGCUGCAUUUACAGUCGCCAUCCCGAAGUAAUAUGAUAUGUUAACCUUGUACAUUGUACAUGUAUCUGAAAGUUAUCCAUUUAAAAAUAAAUCUUAAUUAAAUGAGAAUUAAAAAAAUCUCCAUCAGUUUCAGGUAUUACAUGUAGGCCUAUAUUAAAUAAGAUUUGAGGAGUGCAGAUACUUGAAGAGAUUUUCAUUUACUCCUUAUGGACAUUAAUUGUACCAUAAUUAACCUUUGUUAGUGCUUUGAUAGAUUUUGACAAACAUUUUUUUGUCCAUUUUAGGACAUUUGACUGUUGUUAUCAACUCUAGAGUCAUUAUAUACAUUAAAUGAAAGGAUUUCACCAUAAUCUAUAAAAAUAAGAGUGGGUAUGUACAUUUAUUUCUUGAAGGGAAAAGAUGAUAGAAAAGCAGUUUAACAAUAUGUAGCAAAAGUUGUGUAUAUUUUAACAUUUUCUUGGUUAAUGGCCUGUACAUUUAUACUUGAGGCAGUGUUGUUUUUGUGCCCUAUGGAUGAAGAUAAUUUGACUGUUGUAGACGACCCAGUUAAUGUAUUGAAAAUGACUGUGAUACCAGUUUUUUGUCUUCUAUUUUUAUAUAUUUGUUACCCUGUCUUGUGUGCUUUUGUCCUUUGACUUUUAGUAGAGAGUUCUUGCAGAGCUAAUUUGUUGAGAUUUUAUUAAUGGUGGACUUUACUUUAGAAUUGUAGGGUAAAUCAUACAGGGCACAUCAGCCUCAGGUGCAGAUCCAAGAUUUUGUAUUAGGGGUGGGCACUUUUAGAUGGGAAGGGGUCUGGUAAUCAACAAGGUCCCCACUGGGUCCAGGGCAGUGGUCAAUUGGUGGUCCUUAUUUUGUCUUUAUCUCUCUCUCUCUCUCUGUUUUUUUGAAAGGUUUGGGGGAGGGGACACACUAUGUGCACCCCUGUCUGAAUUCGUGCUUGCACAUGAUAAUGUGAAACAGCAUAAAUUUUAUGAUGCACAGAUUGUGUGAGAAAAAAGUAUAAAACAUGUAUAAGUAUGUGAUAUCUAUUUCUAAUUUCGAGUUGAAAAUAAAAUUCCAUGAACACUUGUAAACUCAAACUGAUAUUAUAAAUUGGGAAUUUUAACUAGAAAUUUUAUUUAUAUGAAUAGCUGUUUCCCAUGCUCAAGGGUUCGACUUGGUUCAAAAUGUGUUUGUAUGCUUUGUUGAGUUUUUAUUUUUAAUUAAUUUUUUUUGUCACAAAUGAAAUUAUGUUUUCCUGUUAUUGAGAGUCUUGUAUUUUAAAUUAUUGAAUUUAAAUAAAUGUUAUUCACAAUA